UUUGAAUGAACAGGUAUUGGUGCAAGCAGCAAGAUGAAUGCACGUAUUCUGUUGUAUUCCACACUCAUCAGUUUGAUUGCCCAUGCCGAAGUAUAUGCACGCUCCGCAAUUCAUGGACCUAUACAGCAUGCGAUAACUCAAGUGUCACGUCAAAAGGAUCUCAUUCCUGUCUCUAUGUCCGCCAAAGGGAGCUUGUACAACCUGGCUACCAUACCUACGAAACCAAUGCUACAGUGUAAUGGAGUACCGCCAAAGGAUUCUUCAUUGAGCUUAGACAACGACGAACCUAAGUGGAGCCUAAGUUCAUUAUUGGACUCAAGAGAACACUGGUGGUUAUCUCGCUAUGUGAAAGCGAUCAAAAGAUUGCCACCAGUCACUUCGAGCUAUAUCACACUAUCUACGAUUAUGGCACUAUUGUCCUGGGGGUUCAACGAUAAUUAUCCGUUGGAAAUAUUACAAUUCGACCUUAAAUCCUUUAAAAGCGGUAAGAUAUGGAGAAUAUUAACUCCGUUUCUCAACUUCGGACAACUUUGGCUGGCCCAUAUCUUUAUGGCACAGUCCGUGGCAUUGUAUAUGGCGUCUGUAGAGGUUUCACAUUGCGCAAAGCCUGAGAAAUUUCUUGAAUUUAUGACUUUCGGUACCAUGUGCAUAUCACUCUAUGGGCUUGCUGAUUCUUUGUUUGGUAAGCAGGAGAAUACAAUGGGAAGCGCGGCGUAUCAUCUUCAUACGUAUGUGUUAUACUACUGGAGCCGUCUAAAUGAAGGGACCGUAGUGAACUGCUUUGAUUUAUUCAAUCUGCCCGCCGAGAUGGUUCCCUUUAUAUUUGUCUUGCAAAACUAUCUCCUCUACAAAGAGAUUUACGCAACGGAUAUAGCUGCUAUUGCUGCAGCCCAUUUUUACUUCUACAACCUCUCCAAUACGAAGGCAAUAUGGCCUUUUUCACUACUACGGAAAAUAGGUUUCAAAAAGCUCUACGAGCGAUUUAACAAUGAAAUAUCUCGUUAAUGUAGUUUG